UCGAGUAAUCUGGGGUGAUUGACAGGAGUGAGCAUUACAAGGAGACAGUGACCAAACUGUAACACAUAUGGCCUGUUGCAGAGGGGAGUGGAGAAUGACCAACCAUAACUGGAACACGCACAUGCAAGCUCCUCCAUGCAUCCCAGGAGCCAGGAAGAGUUGAAAGAAAAAAAACAUUAAACAAAGGGAGAGUUAUGUCAAUUUUUUCUAAGCUUUUGCUGCACAGUGAAUCCUCUGAGAUCCCUCAGGAGAUGCACACAUACCAGAGGGACGGAGGCAGUGGUGGAAAAAUACAGUGGUGCAAAAGUACUCUUCUUUUCUUCCAACUCUCUCUGCAAAGCAAAAAAACCCUUCUCUCUGUCUCUCACAGAUACACACUGCCUGCACACAUUUCCUUAAAUGAAAAUAAGUGCAUACAACCUUAUGCUAGAGAUUUUUAGAGAACAGUCUGGAUAUUAAGAAACCUUUUUCCAACAUCAGCUCUGGUUCACCAUGUACUGGUAAGUCAUAGCAUGGUAGAGUUAUUACUACCAUAUAUGUACAAAAGGGCCAAAUGACAAGUACAAAGGAGAUGCUAAUAUUUGAUGUACAGGCACUUCAGUGGUAAACUGUAAUGUUGGAUUACUCUGGGCUUUUUACAUAUACAAUUAGCCUAUGUACACAUAGAGGAAAGGAGAGAAACGGGCACGAGAAUCAGUUUAGAUCCAACACUGCUGUAUUAUUUUAAAUAGUAUCAAGUCUCUCAAGGUAUUGGCUUUCAGUCUCACAGAACUGCCUCUACCUAUGGCUCCCCCAGCUCCUGCUAAGUACAGAAGCAUUUCAUUAGCCACUGCUCUCUCAAAGGCAGCACUUCACUCUAAGUUUUGCUUCUUUUUCCCCUCCUCCUGGCAGUGUGUGUGUGCAAGUGCUGCCGGGAAAGCAGCACAAUGCUCCAUUCAGCUCUCAAGUCAAGUACAAGCCAAACACACACACAAGAGAAUUCACAGGAUCCUGGUGACUGCUGAGGAAAGGUGUUUUACUUCCUCUUUCUUUGCUGUAACAGUUUCACUCUUUUCAGUUCCCGAUGUCUUCCUGGUGAACGACCUGGAGGCAACAUCUAGCUGCUUUCCAGAAUGAGGGGCUCCCUGGGCUUUCUCCUGGUGUCAACCCUCUUCUCACUCAGGAGAGUGGCUACCGAGCGCUGCCCACGAACCUGCCUUUGUGAUAACAUCAAGCGCCAUGUCAUGUGUCUGAACAAGAACCUCACGGAGGUGCCUGUCACCAUCCCACAGAUCACCAAAAAGCUGGAUCUCCGGGGCAACAAUAUAAAAGUCAUCCCUGGGGGAACAUUCCUCCCUAUCCCAUACCUCACUCACUUAAACAUGCAGCAAUGCCAGGUUGAGAGAAUUGAGGAGGGCGCUUUCAGGGGACUAGGGCGGCUGGCCUACCUCAACCUAGCUUCCAACAACAUAGCCUUUAUCUACCAGGAGUCCCUGGAUGGCCUGUCCUCUCUCCAGAAGCUUAUUCUGGAAAAGAAUCGCCUUGAAGAAAUACAGCCAGGGGCUUUCAGCCAACUGGGCUUCCUCAAUUUCCUCAACCUUGGUGAGAACUUCCUCGUCUACCUGCCCGAUAUGGUCUUCCAGGGCCUGCAGGCAAUCAAGUGGCUCCGCUUGUCCCAUAAUGCACUGCAUGUCAUAGCCAACGAGGCCUUUGCGGGGUUGCCUACCCUGAGGAGGCUGAGCCUGGACCACAACGAGCUACAGUCCCUGCCCACUGAGGCCUUGUCAAGGCUGUCGGGUACAUCACGGCUGGAUCUGGGACACAACCCCAUCACCUACGUCAGCGAGGAGGCCAUUGCAAUGGCUGCCCUGAGGGAGCUGUUCUUGGACAACAUGGCCCUACAGGAUGUCUCAUACAAAGCCUUUGUGAAGAGCCCCCAGUUACACACACUUGACCUCCACAACAACCAGCUGCAGGUGCUGCAGCCUCUGACCGACAUGGCCCAUUUGAAGAAAAUCAACUUAACGGGGAACCCUGUGGUUUGCUCUUGCUACAUGCGCCCCUUCAAGGAGUGGAUGGAGAAAGCGAGAGUCCAGGCUGAUGCUGUCUGUGCAGACCCCAGCACCUUCAGGGGAGAGCACCUGGAGUCACUGAGGCCUGUCAAUAUGAAAUGUGGAGGCCAUGCCCCAGAAGCAGAGCAGCUCCCCACCUCUACUCCUCCCACAAGGGAGCCAGAGGAAAUUGCCAAGAAGAAAUGCCCAGAAGCCUGUUCCUGCUCGCCUGAUUUCCAGCACAGCAACUGUGACAACAAGGGCCUCCAGAAGAUCCCUAAGGGCUUCCCUGGCAACACCCAGCUCCUGGACCUACGCCGAAAUGAGUUCCACUCCAUACUCAAGGCCUCCUUCCCUGGCUUGAAGAACCUGGUCUCGCUCCACCUGCAAAGCUGCAAGAUUGCGGAGCUGCAGCCUGGUGCCCUUCAGGGCUUAAAGAAGUUGGUCUACCUCUACCUGUCCAACAAUGACAUCUCAGCCAUUGAGGCUGCUGCUUUUGAAGGGGCUCCCCAGCUCACCUAUCUGUACCUGGACCACAACAGGUUCACUCGGAUGCCCAGGGGGACCUUCAGCCGCUUGCCCAACCUCAUUUCCCUGCACUUGCAGCACAACUCCAUCAGCCAGCUGUCAGACAGUGACCUGGCUGGAGCAAAGCAGCUGCGCUGGCUCUACCUCACUGGGAACAGCAUCUCUCAGGUGUCCCCCACAGCCUUGGGCCCUGCCAAGAUGCUGGAGAAGCUGCAUCUGGAUGAGAACCUGUUAGAGGAUGUGCCCACAAGAUCCCUCCGGGGUUUGUCUGUCCUUAGGGAGCUGAAGUUGUCCAAGAAUCCCAUCAAGUAUAUUGGGGAUGGAGCCUUCCUCCCAGUGGCAAGGUCCCUGCAGCACCUGUUCCUGGAUAAUAUGGGUCUAGAACAGAUUUCCUCUGGUGCCUUUGCCAGCCUUGGUUCCAAGAUGAAGAGUCUUUACCUGGAGAACAACAAGAUGUCCACUGUGCCUGAUUUGCGCAGCUUCACGGGGCUGGAGGUCAUCAACCUGAGAGACAUACCUUUCUCCUGUGACUGCCAGCUCUUCCCGCUGCACAGGUGGAUUAGCAAACUCAAUUUGCGUGUGGGAGCCACCUGCGGGUCCCCGGCUGAAGUCCAUGGGCAGAAGGUGAAGUUUUCUGCCGCCUUCAAGACCUGCCCAGGCUGGGGAACACAGAAAACCAAACGGGCCCGUCCAAAGAAGUUCAAAGUCAAAGGAGGAAGAAAUCCCAGCAAGAAGAGGAGAGCUGGAAAGGCACAAGACAGAGGCCUCAAAAGGAGCAAAGCCUAAAGAAGAAGCAUCGGGCAGAGCAACUUCCAUUGGCAGGAGGUGACUGAGGAGUCAGCUACUAGAAAGCAGCUUAGUGAGAGAGACGCUUCAAUGGGCUUUUAUCUGUGGUGCAAUGAUAUGUGCAUUGCAAAGGGGAAGCGAGAUCCCCUUCCCUGCCCUGGGGCCUGGGUGUUUGGUGGGGUGGGGAGGAAAAGUCUAAACAAAAAACAAAAAAAAAGAAUUGCAUGGAAGGAGGGAAAAAAGCAGAAGUGAGGGCUCCCUCUGUCGGAGGCCCUGAGCAGUAACAGACCUGCAGUGCUUUUCCUGAGUGCAGCAGCUAAAAUAUAACUUUAUAUAAAAUAUAAAUCAUAGAAUCAUAGAAAAUGAGGGUUGAAGAGAUGUCAGCAGGUCAUCUAGUCCAACCCCUUGCUCAAAGCAGGACCAGCCCCAACUAUC